AGGUGAGAACACUCGUCAUCACUGCCACCAGCUAUGGCAGGUGAGAACACUCGUCAUCACUGCCACCAGCUAUGGCAGGUGAGAAACACUCGUCAUCCAGGUCAAUAACACCAUCCAAGACUUGCCUCCGGUGGAGGAGAUAACAACCAUGCUGCAGGGAACGUACAUCAACAACAUUCAUUGUCUGAGAAUCGUUGAUCUGCUCAAGGAGACAGAAGCGGGAAGUAAAAACAUGUUUGGGAGAUCGCAGCGCAUGAAGGAUUGGUGUGAGAUUCUCAAACUACAUGAAAAGGAUGGCGUUUAUUUAGCUGAAGUCGCGCAAAUCUUGAUGAGGAAUGUUAAUUAUGAGGUAACUGCACUGAAGAAACAGAUCGUGAAAUGUAAACAGAUUCAGAAGGAUAUGGGCAAUAAGAUAAAAUCAGAGCUGUUAUCGUUAGUGAAACAUCUUCCUGCCGAGUUUGAUAGAAUAACAACAGCUACCAGGGACCUCAAAGAACCAGUCAACUUGUAUGAAAUGUUCAUCGAGUUCACAUUAAAAAAGUUCUGAUAUAACAUCAAGUCGCUCCCUGAUCAUCAGAUACCUCCAGCAGAGAGGUAACACCACCAUCUUUGAAUACCACAUGGGUGAGUAGCCGACCGUGAUCCACCUGGCUGAGUAUGCGGUCAUUUGGAGGAGAAGAGAGAUGACACGGAGGAGGCUGGAGAGUUAAGGGUUAAAGUGGUGUUGAGCAACACUUCAUCAAUAUCGUUAUUCUGGAUGGCAAUUUAGGAUAGAAGUGUGAAAUAUAGGGAAAUGAAAUAAUACAGGACUCAGGAUAGGUUGUUUUCUUUAAGACCAAAAGA